CCACCCACGAUGCUCGACAACUUCACCGUACUCCACACGUCGGGCAUCGUCCUCUGGUCCAAGUCCUUCACUCCCACCUUUGCCUCCAACUCGCCCAUCGGACCUCUCGUCCGCACAGCCUUUAUCGAAUCGCGCUCCACUGGAUCCGCAGACGAUGAGCGGUACGAUGUAGGUGGCUACUCCUGCCGCUGGUCAUUGGCCAACGACUAUGGCCUGGCAUUCGUGGCGGUGCAUCAGCGUAUCCUACAUUUGGCCUACGUACCUGCCCUCCUGGCACAGGUCAGGGCCCUCUUCUUGGACCUCUUCAAGCCCUUUCUCGGGGCUAUCCUUGCCAAUACCAAGCCCAUUGGUGGAGGUGGCGAUGGCUCAGCUUCACUAGCGUCGAAACUCACAGGCGAGGCGAGGGCAAGAUUCGCAGCUGCCCUCAAGGACUGGGACGCCAUCUUCACCUCGACCCUCAGGAAGCUCGAAAGAGAAGCCAACCUGCAAGCUCGCAGCGCAGCAAAGUCCUCUGGUGGAGCCAUUGCUGCCGCUGGAGCUGCCAAUGCAGAGACUCCUGCUUCUCCAAAGACUUCGGCUGACAAGGUAGGCAAGAAGGGUGCAACUCCAUCUGCAGGCAACGAUGAUCAAGCGAUAGCCAAGAACAUUGAAGCACUCAAGGCUCGGCUAAAGGGAGUGGAGAUUGGGCCAGGUGGGAGCAGGGGUCCGGCAGGAACAGCAGCGAGGAGAAAGAUGGGUAGUAGAGUCUCUAGUGGCGUGGGCACGCCUGGAGGCGGGGCUGAGUCACCCACUGCAUCACCCGGUGGGAAAAAGAAGGGCGGCGCUGGAAAGGAGAUGAGAAAAUGGGAUGCGAAUGGGAAUGCCAUUGUGGUGGGUGAUGUAGGCCAACUGGACUUCAGCAACGACGGAGGACCAUCCACGCCUGCAGAUGAAAGGGAACAGGGAACUCUCGAAGGAUGGGUAGACGAGAAGAGUCUCGGCAAGGUUGGACAGGACGGACUGUAUGAGGUAGCCGAUGCACUCGAUAACGGAGACGAGGAGGCGUCUGAUGAAGAGGAAGACGAGGAAGAUGAGGAAGAUCAGGCUGUCACAAAUGGCAAAGCCACCUCGGGCGGAGGCUUCCUCUCAGGUCUCACCUCAAAGUCUAGUGGAGCUACCUCGCUCUUCUCCCGUCUGACUGGUUCCGGCCAUUCGCUCACACAAGCCGACUUGCAGCCCACACUGGCAGCGAUGCAAUCCCACCUGCAGUCCAAGAAUGUAGCCGCCGAUGUAGCCCAGCGUCUGUGCGCAUCCGUCGGCCGCUCCCUAGAGGGCAAGACGCUCUCUACGUUUGGCUCGGUGAAGAAGGAAGUCAGGCUAGCCCUUGAAGACGCUAUAACCCGUGUUCUCACACCGCGCAACUCAACCGACCUCCUGCUGGAAAUCAACGACAAGCUCGGACGCCAAGCAAGCAAGGGCGACCCAGCUUCCACUACCCGCCAGCCCUACGCUCUCGCCUUCGUAGGAGUGAACGGAGUAGGUAAAUCUACCAAUCUGGCCAAGGUGUGCUUCUGGCUGUUGCAAAAUCAGAAGCGAGUCCUCAUUGCCGCCUGCGACACCUUCCGUUCUGGUGCCGUGGAGCAAUUGCGCGUGCACGUCCGCAAUCUGGGUGAACUCAAUGUUGGCGGUUCUCAAGUGAAGGAGCCGCUCCCUUCUGGCGGGCAGAAGCUAGAGCUCUACGAGCGUGGCUACGGGAAAGAUGCAGCAGGUAUUGCCGCCUCUGCACUUUCGUAUGCGCGUGCUCAGGGUUUCGAUGUAGUCCUCAUCGAUACCGCUGGACGCAUGCAGGACAACGAGCCUCUAAUGCGCUCCCUUGCGAAGCUCGUCGCAACCAAUGAGCCAGACCGUGUCAUCUUCGUCGGUGAAGCCCUAGUGGGCAAUGAAGCCGUCGAUCAGCUCACCCGCUUUGAUAAAUCUCUAAGGGAUUUCAGUGGCAAGAGUGCUCAAGACGCAAGAGGAUUGGAUGGAAUGCUCCUUACCAAGUUUGAUACCAUUGAUGAUAAAGUGGGGACGGCAUUGACGGCCACUUCUGUCACGGGACUGCCGAUUUACUUUGUGGGCGUGGGACAGACGUACACGGAUUUGAAGCAACUCAAGGUCAAGCAUAUUGUCAAUGCCUUGAUGAGGGAUUGAAGGGGAAGAAGAUGAAGAGAGAAGGAAAGCAAGAGAGAGAAUGGCGUGGUUCGGAUUGCAAACCAGAGUGUCAGAGCUGCGACUCUGUGAUCAUUUCAUUAUCGCUGCAAUACACUUGAGCAUUGACCUGUAUUUAUGAUUUGGGUAUCUACAAAAUUCUGACCUUGGCCGCGCUGAACUCCAUCUACGUCUUCAAAAGCCUAGCACAGUCCUUCAAUAGCGUCCUAAUUUCCUCCUCUUUUACAGCGCCCUUGAGCAAU